AUCGGUCAUGUGACUUUUACGCAUCCGCAAUCAUGGCGGUGUCUUGAGCACUGGUAAUGUAUUGCAGAUAAGAAGUACAGCAAUGUUGUUUGUAAGUUGCUUCUGCUUGGUGUACUUCCAACUGUCGGCGUCCGUAUAUUGUGAAACCGAACAGUUUGGCUACUCGUCGGGCACAGGAUCGUCCGAUCAAGUAGGAAAAGAAAGUGGGACCUCGAGCUGUGGCUGUGAUGCGUUGAAAAGGGAUGUUGUUGCAAUUGACGGUGGUGAGGAACUGUCUCCACACAUUGAAGCUCCUGGAGAGAAAUAUUCAAAGGGAGCAAAUGAAGAUAGCGUUGAACAUUCUGGAGAAGAGGACAUUCGCAGCAAGUUGGUGUUGCUCAAGUCAUCUUGGUUCUUCAUGGGCACUGACAACCCAGGCAUUCCACCUGACGGCGAAGGACCUCAAAGGAAAGUGAAAGUGGAUUCCUUUUACGUCGAGGAGCAUGAGGUCACCAACCGACAGUUUCAACGUUUCGUCAACCAAACCCGCUAUGUCACAGAGGCUGAGCGUUUUGGAGAUUCUUUUGUCUUUGAAGAGAUGUUGACUGAAGAGGUGAAGAGCAAAAUAGACCAAGCUGUCGCUGCUGCCCCCUGGUGGUUGCCAGUGAAGGGGGCAGCCUGGAGACAUCCAGAGGGACCAGGAUCCACCAUCUCAGACAGGCUGGACCAUCCUGUCCUGCAUGUGUCCUGGAAUGAUGCCCAGGCCUACUGCAAGUGGGCCCAGAGGAGGCUGCCCACAGAGGCCGAGUGGGAAUAUGCCUGCAGGGGGGGACUGGAGGACAGACUCUAUCCGUGGGGCAACAAGCUGCUGCCUAAAGGACAGCACUAUGCCAACCUGUGGCAGGGUAACUUCCCCACUACGAACACCAGAGAAGAUGGCUACAUCGGCACCUCACCGGUGAUGUCAUUCCCAGCCAACAGCUUUGGCCUGUAUGACAUGGUGGGAAAUGCCUGGGAAUGGACAGCAGAUUGGUGGAAUGUUCACCACACAGCAGAGGACAAACAAAAUCCUACUGGGCCAGCCACCGGCACGGAUCGUGUGAAGAAGGGAGGAUCAUACAUGUGUCACAAGUCUUAUUGUUACAGAUACAGAUGUGCGGCCCGCAGUCAGAACACCCCCGACAGUUCAGCGUCCAACCUGGGCUUCCGCUGCGUGGUGAACCCAUCUUGAAUCGAGUUCUCCAUUCUUCAUCCUACGUAACACACAGGGGUGUCGCAGCAAAUUGUGGGCCCUAUGUACAAUCAGCUCCAAUGGACCCCCAGGCAUAUACCGUAGCUACAUAAAUCACACACUGUGUGGGCCCCCUAAAUACAUGGGACCCUGGUGACUCAGUCACACUUUACCCCCCUGUAGUACGACACCCCUGGUAACACAUGCAGCUCAUCCCUGCCUCCUGUGCCAGCCCAGAAAAGUCUUUUUAUGGGGCUGCAGCUGAUGUUACGCUGUCUCUGGGCACGGAAAGGGAACACUGUGUACAAGUUUACAUACAAACUGUGCCAAGAAGAGUCCUAAUUUGUUGAAAAAAUGAAAGCACUUAUGAUGUAUUGUGUCUCGUUUUGAUAGUGAUGCAAAGGGGACCAGAGUGGGGUCGGGUGUUCAUGAUCAUCGAACUGGAGUUUGGUAAGCAU